AUGUGUGCUGGUCUCCGCCAUCUGCACGUCGAGCCAUUACAGGCAGACGGGCAAGGCAGCGCGCUCUCCCUGCUGGACAUGACGCUCUGUGUUAUUGCAGACGUCCUGAAUCGUCCUGGACAAGGCGGUAGAGACCAGAUCAUGCAGGCACGAGAGGUGCUCGAGUACCUGGCUCAACACAUGCAACAACGGAUGCUGUCGCUAUGUGGGCGGAUGGCAGCUACGGACUGGCCACUGAGCGAGUGGACCGCUCACGCACUGAUCGAUCUUAACAAAGCGCAGCCGCAAGGGUCGGAAGAGAGUUUCUUCGACGCAGGACAGGAGGACCGAGAUGAUUGGGAGACCAGCCUCGACACGGCCAGAAGCAAUCUUGGCCCCAGCGGCAACACGGCAGAUUGCGCCUCUCUCGACCUCUCCUUCUCCACAGUCUCGACGCGAACGCUGACACGCAUGCUCAGCAAUGGUCAGCUGGGCGUCUCACUGCGGAUGCUCAGCCUCGCUGGCUGGAACGCCCCCCACACCUCGUCUUCCAUAACACCGCUGGACUCGCCUUCGAUGCAAGCCAUCUUCGCUCAGCUUCCCAACUUGCAGGUACUCAGCCUUGCCGGCUCCCGCCUCGCUCGUGGCGAAGAUGGCGAGUCGGACCAUCAACGUGCAGCUGUCUUUCUUCGCAAGCUCAGCCGCAGUCUCACAAAGCUCAAGUCGCUCGACCUGAGCUUCUGCCGGUGGAUUUCUGCAGACGCCAUACUGGGUGUUUCGUGGGCCACCCCGACAACGAUUGCUUGGUCGCGGCUGGAAAGUCUCUUGCUGGUCGGAUGCGAGGUUCUGGCCGAUCCGCGAGAACGCAUAUCUGACGUAGGCGCGACCGCUUUCGCCGGCAAGGCAGCAGGAAACCACGUAGCGCCAUGGCACACACAGCAUUCGCAGCGAGCCCCUGCAGACUCCGCCAAUCGCCCUGCCGACCAGAUAGCCACCGGAGCUGCCGGAGUUCUGUACGACGCCUACACAGACGCCCUCCACCGCGACCCAUUCGACCUGUUUCCCGCCCCCACACCACCACACCGCCAAGCCGCUCGUGCUACAUUCAGCGACUACGUCAACAACACGAUCCAGCCAGCGAUCAUCUCGCAUAUGACGCCUCUGUCGUCGACGAGCGAGCCCGUGCUGAUGGAGCACGUGCGCUGUCCUCGUUCGGCCGGCAAGGUCGAGAUGUGGCAGUGGCAGCGGGCGCGCAUUCUGGAAGCUGUGCGUGGUCGAACUCAGCCUGGCUCACGACAGAGGAACUGGAUUGAGGUGUACAUUUAG